GUUUCCAUGCCGUCAUAUCCCCUGAGGGACCGGGAGCCAAUAGCGUCGCUCGACAACCCGGAAGAAACAGCAGCCCGAAAAGAGCGCCUGGAUUUCAAUUUUAGAACAGAUACGAAGACAUUGACAGAUCUGCAGUCAGUGUCCGCCCCAGUAGACGAUGAGUUUCUCCCCCACCCCCGUGGGCCCGCCCAGCAGCCGUAGUGUCCAGGAGCAGAGAGAGAAGUGGGAGAGGAAGAGAACCCGUACAGUCAGGGCCCUGGUCCAAACUGAACAGAAAUACUGUAAACAACUACAACUAGUCAACACGUACUUUGUGGAGAUUCUGAAGGCCAAAGGCACCCUGAGGCAGGACAUUAGAGAAAGCAUCUUUAGUUCCAUUCCAUCCGUCUAUUCAGUAAACCAGACGUUGUUGGUCCAUCUGGAGAACGGGGACUUGGGACAUGGAUUUGAUGACUUCUGUCCUCACCUCCACCACUAUGUUACCUACGUAGACAACAUCCAGAACGCCAACAAGGUCCUGGCGCUCCAGGUAAAGAAGAACAAAGCCUUUAGAAGGUUUAAGAAGCUCCAGGAGUCCAGACCAGAGUUCCUCAACUGUAAACUAGAGGACCUCCUCCCACUGCCCAUACAGCGCAUCCAACAGUACAAGCAUUUCUUACGGGAUCUGUCAGAGAACACGAGUCCAGAUUACCCAGAGUUCCAACCGCUUUCAAGGUCGGUGAAGCUGAUCUCUGAGGUAUCCCAGCGUAUCCAGGACAACGCCCGCAGCCAUGACAACCACCUGCAGCUGCGGCGGGUGCAGAGACUGCUGAAGGGGAGAAAGACCAAGGUGGAAGCUCCAGGACGCUGGUACCUGCGUGAGGGCUGGCUGCGCACCGUCCCCCCUAAAGGAGCAGAGGUCAAACCCAAGAUGUUCUUCCUGUUUAGUGAUGUCCUUCUCCAAGCCAAGCCCUGCCACCCUCUCCAUCCCACCAACGGAGAUAAGUUUGCUGGCCAGAGAGUCUACCCACUGAAGGACUGUACUGUGGACAAGGUGUUUGGGCACACCCAGAGCCAGGGCGGCCUCCUCAGUUUGACCUUCCCUAAAGCCAAGCUGCUGCUGAUGUCCAGCGAUCAGGAAGAUAUCAACGACUGGUAUUACAGCCUGAGCUCUGCUGUAGGUCAGUUAAACUCCAGGAACACAGUGGUCCAUCAGAGAGAUGAUCUGGUCAGGAGACCUCUACGCUGCUUUGUAGAGGACCAGAAGAACCAAACUACCCCCUCCACACCACCCGCCACCACCACCCCAGGGAGGAAGAGGGUGGCCCCCCCUCCACCCCAGACCCCCUCCAGACCUACCGCUCCAGCAGAAGCAGAGGGCAGCGCCUCCAAGAGGAUGAAGCUGACUGGGGGGCCAGCUGAGAGUGAAUCGGCCAGGUCAAGCUGUGUGAUCCUGUGAAGGACCAAGAACUUCAGAGAUCCUUGUUCUUUCACACAAACCAAUCAAGUCUGACAGAUACGCGUUAAUGGGGGGGUGUAUGAGGAGAGAUUGGAGGCCGCUAGUUAGUAGUUAGAUACUGGAGAAUUAGGUUAAUGGGAGAGAUGGGAGGUAGUUAGAUACUGGAGAAUCAGGUUAAUGGGGAGAGAAUGGAGGUAGUUAGAUACUAGAGAAUCAGGUUAAUGGGAGAGAUGGGAGGUAGUUAGAUACUAGAGAAUCAGGGUAACGAGGGGAUAUGAGGAGAGAUGGGAGGUAGUUAGAUACUGGAGAAUCAGGUUAAUGGGAGAGAUGGGAGGUAGUUAGAUACUGCAGAAUCAGGUUAACGAGGGGAUAUGAGGAGAGAUGGGAGGUAGUUAGAUACUGGAGAAUCAGGUUAACGAGGAGAGAUGGGAGGUAGUUAGAUACUGGAGAAUCAGGGUAACGAGGGGAUAUGAGGAGCGAUUGGAGGUAGUUAGAUACUGGAGAAUCAGGUUAAUGGGGAGAGAUGGGAGGUAGUUAGAUACUGGAGAAUCAGGUUAAUGGGGAGAGAUGGGAGGUAGUUAGAUACUGGAGAAUCAGGUUAACGAGGGGAUAUGAGGAGAGAUGGGAGGUAGUUAGAUACUAGAGAAUCAGGUUAACGAGGGGAUAUGAGGAGAGAUGGGAGGUAGUUAGAUACUGGAGAAUCAGGUUAACGAGGGGAUAUGAGGAGAGAUGGGGUAGUUAGAUACUGGAGAAUCAGGUUAACGAGGGGAUAUGAGGAGAGAUGGGAGGUAGUUAGAUACUGGAGAAUCAGGUUAACGAGGGAUAUGAAGAUAAAUGAGAGGUAGUUAGAUACUGGAGAAUCAGGGUAACGAGGGGAUAUGAGGAGAGAUGGGAGGUAGUUAGAUACUGGAGAAUCAGGGUAACGAGGGGAUAUGAGGAGUGAUGGGAGGUAGUUAGAUACUGGAGAAUUAGGUUAAUGGGGAGAGAUGGGAGGUAGUUAGAUACUGGAGAAUCAUGUUAAUGGGGAGAGAUGGGAGGUAGUUACUGGAGAAUCAGGUUAAUGGGAGAGACGGGAGGUAGUUAGAUACUGGAGAAUCAGGUUAACGAGGGGAUAUGAGGAGAGAUGGGAGGUAUUUAGAUGCUGGAUAAUUAGGUUAAUGGGGAGAGAUGGGAGGUAGUUAGAUAUGAGGAGAGAUCGGAGGUAGUUAGAUAUGAGGAGAGAUGGGAGGUAGAUACUGGAGAAUCAGGUUAAUGGGGGGGUAGUUAGAUACUGGAGAAUCAGGUUAACGGUGGGAUAUGAGGAGAGAUGGGAGGUAGUUAGAUACUGGAGAAUCAGGUUAACGGUGGGAUAUGAGGAGAGAUGGGAGGUAGUUAGAUAUGAGGAGAGAUGGGAGGUAGAUACUGGAGAAUCAGGUUAACGGUGGGAUAUGAGGAGAGAUGGGAGGUAGUUAGAAGAUAUGAAAUGUGAAGAUUUUAACACUGAUGCCAAAGACACACUUUGAAACACCUUCACGAUAGAAGCUCAAGCAGAUGGAAAAUGUGAGAUUUGACUCUGAAAGAAAUGAAUGUUUUGUCCUGAAUAGAAUGUUGCCAUUUAUAUGACAGAGCAAAAGCUCAACAGGAAAAUACUGUAUUAGUAGAUUGGGAAUCAAAACUGUCCCCUGGGAUAUUUUGGCAGCAUAACCCAAUGUCAUCUGAAUGUUAAAUCGUGAUUUGUCUGUCUAUUUACAUUUAAUUCAUACAAGAGCUGAAAUAUUAGUAACAUGCUUGUCUCUAUGGUAAUAUACAGUAUAUUAUAAUAUUAGUAACAUGCUUGUCUCUAUGGUAAUAUACAGUAUAUUAUAAUAUCAUGCUUGUCUCUAUGGUAAUAUACAGUAUAUUAUAAUAUUAGUAACAUGCUUGUCUCUAUGGUAAUAUACAGUAUAUUAUAAUAUUAGUAACAUGCUUGUCUCUAUGGUAAUAUACAGUAUAUUAUAAUAUUAGUAACAUGCUUGUCUCUAUGGUAAUAUACAGUAUAUUAUAAUAUUAGUAACAUGCUUGUCUCUAUGGUAAUAUACAGUAUAUUAUAAUAUUAGUAACAUGCUUGUCUCUAUGGUAAUAUACAGUAUAUUAUAAUAUUAGUAACAUGCUUGUCUCUAUGGUAAUAUACAGUAUAUUAUAAUAUCAUGCUUGUCUCUAUGGUAAUAUACAGUAUAUUAUAAUAUUAGUAACAUGCUUGUCUCUAUGGUAAUAUACAGUAUAUUAUAAUAUUAGUAACAUGCUUGUCUCUAUGGUAAUAUACAGUAUAUUAUAAUAUUAGUAACAUGCUUGUCUCUAUGGUAAUAUAUAGUAUAUUAUAAUAUCAUGCUUGUCUCUAUGGUAAUAUACAGUAUAUUAUAAUAUUAGUAACA